UAACGAUCAAUUCGAUAAUAUUCGAAAUAAUAUUUUAUUUUACGAUACCGUGAGAAUCACGUCGGAUCGAAGAAAAUCUUUCGAGGCGUCUGGAGGGGCUAUCUAACGGAGAUUACAUAAAAAGACGCUGCUUUCUGCUUGAUUAAUCUUUCUCCGAAUAAUCAACAGCAUUUAGAGAACACGACCGGGCAUCGGCGAUAAAAGCAACACGAAAAUGAUAGCAAAGUAUGUGUCAGAAAGAAAAAAAGAUACAGUAUCUUUCUAUUUGUUUCCUGUUAUCGAACCGAUUAUUUUUCUUUUUAGCUGUAUCCUUUUUCUCUUUCUGCGAAUCGAGCGGUUUCGCUCGCUGCUGCUGUUGAAAACUUGGCGAGUCACUGUAAUGACACGUAAUCGCGAAUGCAAUCAGAUUCAAAGCGGAACGCGCGAUAUGAAACUGCAUUCAUUAAGAGCCGGGGAUGUACCACACACAUCAACACAGACAUAGUAAUUAUAACGUUGCGUUGCAGCAAUUAUCACGAACUUGGCUCGCGUGUGUGGUGCGCCAUUUACUCGCGCGACUCUUCCAAACGAAUCCGCUUAACUAUUUACGAGGCAACUCAAUAAACCAGCGUUCGUUCAAAAAUUGUCCCAUCUCGCUAUCGAGGUAUACGCGAACGAGGCUAACCGAAUGAAAUUAGCGAACUAUAAACCGGAAACGGUAAACCGUGUUAACGAAUCAGAAAGCUGUCGUCGAGGAGAGACACGGGCAGAUCUCGGAAAUCUCGUUAUUCUUAAUCACGGCUGCGACAGGACGCGCCGUCAAUCGCGCCGCGAUGUUUGACGCGACGAUCGGAACGCGCGGGCGCGUUAAUUGACCGACCAGCGUACAUUGUAAAUUUUAUUCCCAGGCGGCAACUCUCACGCCGCUGUUCUACGCGCGGUACUAUUUUACUACGUCAGAGACCGCCGUAAUCCAAUUCCGUGUGAUACGCUACUGCUCGGUGAAUCGUAGCUUCAUUGAUUGCGACGCUCGUACGCCGGGUCGACGGUCGUUGCGAGGCGAGAAGGGAGAAGUGGCUCCAAGUGGAACGUGCAUUCAGGGUUGGAGUACGGGACCGGAGUGCCCCGGGAACACGCUCCGCUAACCUUUUCUACGUAAAACCAUUUUCAUUAAAUACCCGCCGUAACAACAAACGACAGCGCAACUCCGGCUGAUUACUUUCGGCGCGGAAAUCAAGUCGGCUUGACAAUUUUCCGCUGCCGGACUCGCGCUGCUCGGGUAAACAUGCCGAGACAAUGUGGGAGGGGAAAUUUCAUGAAGAAAAGAAUCGGUCGUCUCUGUCGUUGCUACGAACUUCGAAACGCUCCCGUCAACUUGGCAGGAAAGGGAGAUAAAACAGUGACUUUGUUAGAACGACUCAAAAGAUCCGUUCCCUCGAGACAUUGGUUCUACGUUAAGUGAAUUCCGUCCCUCGUCAUCGGGUGUCCUCGCCAACUCGCGUUACUUUUGUUGUUCACGUUCUCUCUCUCUCUCUCCCUCGCUAUACAUACAUCCACCGAAUCCGGAAAUUUCGUUUCUCGAAGUUUGCGCACGACGUCGUGCCGGCGCACACACGGAUCCCUGCGGGUGCAUCUGCGCGUUGGAGAGCCACUCCGAGGAAGAACUCUGGCCGGCCACUGCCAACCGGGGGCGUUCGGGGUGGUUGGGGGAUGAUGAGCGGCGCGCUCGAUCGGGGAUGUAGGGAAAAUCGAGCGGGUGAUGCCCCUCGGCGUGGUGGCCGUCGCGAUGACGUCGGUGACGUCGGCCGGUGGCGCUACCGACGCUUUUACCCUUCGUCCGCUCACGAGGGUGGCGGUUCUCAAUGUAUGUGUAGGAGUGACGUACGUGGAGCAUAUUCGCGGAGUAGAGAACGUGACGCUGUUAGGGAGGUGGCGCCAACGAUGGCGGAGCCGGCAAUGUUGGUGGUGGUGGUUGAUAGUGAUGGUCGCGUCGGCGUCGGCGUCGGCGGCGGUGGUGGUGGAGGUACGAAAGGGUGGCCUUUCUCGCUCGGUCACAGCCGGUAUUAGAGUAUUCUCUCAGUACGCGCGGACUCGUCGCGCGUCGUGCCGAAGCUCCUCCUCGUCUCUUCCGCGACUUUCGGCGGUGGCUCCGCGGAGGGCGCACACACACACACGUGCGCGCGCGCGCAAACGAACCGGCGAGAGCGGGGCUGUGUGAUAUCAAUCGCGAGUGUAUGCGUGUGUGUAUGCGUGCGGGGUGGCUGGCCUGUAUUCGACGGCGCGAACGAUAGAGAGGGGUGGAAAAGAGCGGAGACGGGGAAAAGACACAGGGAGGGUUGUAGGAACGCGCCGGUGGCGGUAGCGGCGGCGGUGGCGGCGUCAGUGCACGGAAGUGGCUGUGCUCCGGUAGUGGACGGUGGAUAGUGUAGUGCGGUUGGUCGGUUGGAUCGGUUGGUUGGUCGGUCGGUGGUUGAAUCGCCGUCCGUCCCGCCGUACGUCGUCGUCGUCGUCGUACACAGGGGGUUGUGCGCGAGAGCGACGUCGGGUAUCGUCCACGAGGCGCGGGCGGCGAGACGACGACGGGACCGGAAGAAGAGGGAAGCGACAGAGUAGAAAGAGAGAGAGGCGGGAGAGAAUGAGAUCGAUAAGGAGGGAUCUUAGGCGGUGGUUUCGCGAAACGGGAACGGCGGUGUGCGACGUGUAGAAAGAAACGAGGAGAAAGAGAGAGAGCAGCAUCAGAGAGGGAGAGAUAUUACAUACCCUCGGGUGUGUGCGCGCCUGGAGCGCACGCGACGUACGACUUUUACGCGCGUAUAUAUAUAUAUAUAUAUAUAUAUACAUAUACACGCGCACGUUAUCGCACGUAUACGGACGUACGCACGCCGAUACGCACGCAAGCGCCAGUGUGCGAGCGCCCCGUCGCACACGAGGGUGGAACGAGCUCGCGAGGAAGGCUACGUAAUCGGCUCGGUUCGUCGACUUGGCUUGCUCGCUCGAAAGGGCGGUUCUUGGAUCCGAAGCGCCGCGACGGAGGCCGAGGGAGAGAGCGAGAGAGACCGGAAGAGGGAACGAGAGAGAGGGCACGCGAGAGAGGGUUCGUUCGUUCGUUCGUUCGUUCGUACGUUCGCGUCGGCUCGGGAACCGGAAGGCGGAAGAAGAGGGAGUCGACUACCUCUCUUUCUCUCUCUCUCCCCCUCGAUCUCUAUUCGCCCUCGCUCGAUGGGCUACGCCGCCGAAAGAAGGUCAAAGAUCGAUCCUCGGGCCGACGAGGGUCGUGACCUCGCCGUACGCCUCCGCCGAGUACGAAGUGACCCACGCGCGUAGUAGUACUAUCCGCUAGUAGUAGUACGCCGGCCAGAAGCGCGGAAGUUGUACUCGCCGAGGGGUGGAAAGGGCGGCGCGGGUGGAGAGAGAGGGAGAGAGAGAGAGAGAGAGAGAGAAGAUUGAUCGGACGGAGGAUCAUCAUCGCGAUGGUGCGAUGAGAUCGAUCGACCGACAGAAGAGAGACCGAACCAGCCUUCGUUGAGAUCGACGAUAUACGAAGAGAGAGAGAGAGAGAGAGAGAAAAAACUAUCUCCCGAGAUUCACAUCUUCGUCAAUGGUCGUCGUUCACGAGCGAGCCGUCGCAAGUAGAGUAGAAACGUCCUCGCGACACACGCCGUUGUCUCGUUUAUUCGGUGUCGAAGACCGCGGAGUGGCCGGGACCGCGACGUUCUCGUCGUCGUCGUCGUCGGCCAUAGCCGGAUGCUGGAGGACAUCGGGAAGGGAGCGAAGAUCGAAUCGCCGGCGAGAAGGCGAUCUCGUGGAGACUUGAGCGUACGAGGAAACACGUCUCCAUCCUCCGGCUGUUACUCCAAUUGAACAAGCGGACAGACGUCCCGCUGCGACGGGAAAGCGCUCAUUGACGAUCACCCGUCGCUCAAUCCGGUUGAUAUGAGCGUAAAAACGCGCGAGGGUGACGAGAGACUGGGGAACGGCCGCGAGGCGUGACAGGAAGGGUAAUCGAGCGAUGAUUAGCGCGGCGAUCGGAACGGAGAUUUAGGGACACGGGUGAGAGAGAGAGAGAGAGAGAGGGAGAAUCCGCAGGAUUCCCUCAAGGGGAAACGAGCACUGCCGGAACACGCGGACACCGAGAGCCUGAAUCGGUAGGUUCGCACCUCGUAACAAUAACCGUGCGAUCUCGUGUUAAAGCGAGAAGCGAUCACGGCUGACAAAGAAAAAGAGAGAGAGGGGGAUACAGGAAGGGAGAGGGCGUGAGAAGAAAAAUAUCGCGAGCGUCGAGCACGGGACACCGACUCGGGACGACGAGGUUCGGCAUCGCGGAGAGCUUCGUAGAAUGUCACGGGACCCUUAUUCGAGCGGCAGUGGCGUGGUCGGUCCCGGUGGUGGCACUCGCUCACCACGCAGCGGUCGUCGCGUGGGCGAACUGCCGACCGUCGACCGCAGCCCAUCGAGGAGUUACGCGAGCGGUCGUGGCAGUCCGUUGGGUCGCAAGCAACGAGGCACCCGCAGCGGCAACAACUCGCCGGAGCACCUCGGCUACGGCAGCUACCAUCACCAUCAGCUGGGCAGCCCGUACUACUCCCGCGACGAGGACCUCGGCAGUCCCGUGAUGCUCGAGGAGAGGGGCAGGAGUAUGUCGACCGGGGGCGGUGGGGGCGGACAUCACCGAUCCAGAAGCGCCUCGAGACCCGCCAUGUCCAGCUCGGCGGGCAUGGUAGCGCGUUACACCAGCCUCGACCGUGCCUCCGCCGGCAAUCUCGACCAUGAUCGGGAAUUCGUGCCGAUCCGCGAGCCCCGCGAGCGUAGCCGCGACCGCGGCCUCUACCUCGAGGAGGACCUGCAGCUCUACAGCUCGAGGUCGGCGCGACAGAGCCCGAAUCCGCACAUGCUGCGCGACAGCGGUGGUUACAUCGGCGAGCUGCAGCACCAGAACAACGAUCUGCAGCGGGAGCUCGGUAACCUGAAGAAGGAGCUCGAGCUGACGAACCAGAAACUCGGCAGUUCGAUGCAUAGCAUCAAGACCUUCUGGAGUCCGGAGCUGAAGAAGGAGCGGGCGUUGCGCAAGGAGGAGAGCACCAAGUACAGCCUGAUCAACGAGCAACUCAAGCUACUCAACACGGAGAAUCAGAAACAAAGCAUAAUGGUGCGCCAACUGGAAGAGGAGCUUAGAAUGAGGAUGCGCGGGCCGAGCGUCGAAAUACAGCAGCAAAUGGAAGUUUUGUACAAUGAGAACGAGCAUCUGACUCGGGAGAUCGCCAUACUUCGUGACACGAUAAAGGAACUGGAAUUAAGAAUAGAGACGCAAAAACAGACGCUGCAGGCUCGCGAUGAGAGCAUCAAGAAGCUCCUCGAGAUGCUCCAGAACAAGGGGAUGGGAAAAGAGGAGGAAAGGAUCAUGUUCCAGCAGAUGCAGUCGAUGGCCCAGAAGCAGCUGGACGAGCUCCGGACGGAGGUACAGCGAAGGGACCAGGAGCUCCUGGCGAUGUCGGCGAAGAUGAAGACGCUCGAGGAGCAGCAUCAAGAUUACCAGAGACACAUCGCCGUGCUCAAGGAAUCUCUCUGCGCCAAGGAGGAGCAUUACAACAUGCUGCAGGCUGACGUCGAGGAGAUGCGGCAGCGGCUCGAGGAGAAGAACCGGAUGAUCGAGAAGAAGACGCAGGCGGCGAUGCAGGCGCAACAGGAACGCAAUCGCAUGAACACCGAACUGACCGAACUCAAGGAUCACAUGGACAUCAAAGACCGCAAGAUCAACGUUCUGCAGCGCAAGAUCGAGAAUCUGGAGGACCUGCUGAAGGAGAAAGACAAUCAGGUCGACAUGGCCCGGGCCAGGCUGACGGCGAUGCAGGCGCAUCAUUGCAGCAGCGAGGGUGCACUUAGCAGCCUCGAGGAGGCGAUCGGGGAUAAAGAGAAGCAAAUGGCACAAUUACGCGAGCAAAGGGACCGAGCCGAGCAGGAGAAGCAGGAGGAGAGGGAACUACACGAGAGGGAGCUCGCCGAGUACAAAAUGAAGAUACAUGCCUUGGAGUCCGAGGUUGAGAAACUGGGCGCGCGUCUGGAGCGAGCACAGGCGGAGAAGGACCGCCUGGAGGCGAAGCUCGAAAGCUCGCAGUCCGAGCUCGGCAAGAGCAAGGCCGAGCUGGACAAGGCCGCGUCAGAGGUUGGACGCAGCGGUGCCGACUGGGAAGCCGCGAAGCAGCGGCUGACCAGGCUCGAGCUGGAGAACGAGAGGCUGAGACACGACGUCGAAAGGUCGCAGUCCACCUACGGCAGAAGUACCCUGAACUCGUCCCAGGAGAUGGAGCGAAUUCAGGAGCGAGCUGAGAAAGCGGCCGCUGACCUAAGGAGGGCCCAAGCCGAGCUGAGGGUUACACAAGCAGACAACGAAAGGGCGCGCGCUGAGGCCGCAUCCCUUCAGGAGAAGGUGGAGAAGAGCCAGGGCGAAGUGUACAGGCUCAAAGCCAGGCUGGAGAAUGCUCAGACCGAGCAGGAGAGCCUGCGAGAAGAGUACGACCGGGCACAGGCGUCUGUGGCUCGUCUUCACUCCGAGAGGGACAAGGCGAUCGGCGAGCUCGAGAAGUCGCAGGAGGAACUCGAACGCACGCAGGCCACCCUCGGCAAGGCGCAACUUCAGCAGGACAAACUGCAGAAUCUGUUGGACAAGACGCAGAGCGAGGUCGACAAGCUGCAGGAAAAGCUCGAUAAGACGCAGACCGAAGUUCGUAGAAUGCAAAUGGAGAGGGAGAAGCAGAACUACGACUUCGACAAUCUUCAAAGCCAGCUCGACAAGGCGUUAGGACAGUCGACGAGGAUGCAGAAGGAGCGCGAGACGAUUCAGCUCGAGGUCGAUCGACUGCAGGACAAGUACGAGAAAGCGCAGGUCAUAAUGCAACGGCUGCAAAAGGAGCGGGACAGCUUCCAGGAGGAGAUGGAGAAGAUGCAUGAAAGGCUGGAAAUCCAGCAGAAUCAGAUAAGCAAGCUGCAACGCGAUAAGGAGAACGUGCUGUCGGAACUCGAGCUGGUGAAGGAAAGAUGGGAGAAAGCGCACAACACUCAUCAAAAAUUGACGCUCGAGCGAGAUGACGCUCUGACUGAAAUCCAGAUCCUGAAGGAGAAACUGGAGAAGGCUCAAUACGCCAUGAACAAGGCUCACGAGGAACGGGAGAACACCACCAAGGAAUUCGAGAAGAUGCUGGAGAAAUACGAUAGGGCGCAGAGCGAGGUGUACCGUCUGCAGAACCGCAUCGACGUGAUGGAGGCGGACAAGGACCGGCUCGAGCUGGAGGCGGAGAAGCAGCAGAUGCUGGCGGCGAAGUCGCGCGAGGAGUCGCGCAAGGCGCAGGAGGAGCUGGCGCGCGUGCAGGAGAUGUACGAUCGCGCGGCCCUGCAGCUCGGCCGCACGAAGGAGCACGAGGAGAAGUCGAAGGAGAGCAUCGACCGGCUGAGCGUCGACCUGGAGAUGGUGCGCGAGCGGUACGAGAAGUCGCAGAUCGAGCUGCGCCGGCUGCAGAACGAGCGCGAGAAGCUGGUGGCCGACAACGAGCGCAUCAGCUUCGAGCUGGAGCGCGCCCACUCGCAGCUGAACAAGGCCCAGGCGGCGACGGAGAAGACGCAGGAGGAGCUCGCGCGGAUGCAGCUGGAGAUCGAGAAGAUGUACGAGAAGCACGACCGUCAGCAGGCGGAGGUGAGGAAGGCGCAGGCGGAGGCGGAGAGGCUGCGCACCGAGGCGGAGAGCGCGCGCGAGGAGAGCGAGAGGUACGCGACCCGCUUUGGCAAGUAUCAGGAGAGCCAGGAGCGGCAGAAGGAGGAGCACGAGUGGGCGAAGCUGGAGGUGGAGCGGCUGCGGGACCGUCUGGAGAAGGCCCUGGCUGAGCUCGAGCGCGCCCGGAAGGCCGAGCAGGACGCCUCGAGGCUGCGCGCCGAUCUGGAGCGUGCGGAGGGCGUGCGAGGUAAAUACCAGUACGAGCAGGAGAAGUGGCAGAGCGAGGGUAGUAGGCUACAGCAGGAGGUGGAGAAGCUGCGCGAGCGGCUCGACGGCCGCGAGUCCGAGCUGAAGAGGACGCAGUCGAGCCACGCCGAGCUCGAGGCGAAGCUGCACGAGGCGCAGCUUCAGCUCGAGCGGGCGCGCGAGGAGACCGGGAAGGCGACCGCGGCGCAGGAGCGCAACCGCUCGGAGAUCGAGCGGGCGCGCAUCGAGGCCGAGAAGAUCCGGGACCGGCACGACAAGCUGAAGGCGAGGGCGGAGGCCCUCGAGGCCGACAACGAGAAGCUGCGCGUCGAGAUCGUCCGGCUGGAGCGGCUGAUGCAGACCGAGGGUAAGACCAGGUCGGAGAGCGCGAGCAUCGAGGUGGAGCGGCUGCGCGCCAGCCUCGACAAGGCGAUCGUCGCGCGAGACCAGGUCGAGCUCGAGGCGGGCAGGCUCGCGAAGGAGCUCGAGAAGGCCCACCUGCAGACCGGCAAGUAUCAAGAGGCCGCCGAGGCGAGCAAGAAGGAGCUCGAGCGGCUACCCGCGGAGUUGCAGAGCGUGCGCCAGGAGCGCGACUCGCUGCGCCAGGAGCGCGAGGCGAUGCGCCAGGAGCUGAGGCGCAGCCAGCAGCAGCAGCAGCAGCAACAGCAGCAGCAGCAGAUCGUCAACGGCGAGGAGCUCGCGCGGAUGCAGUACGAGGUGCAGCUGGCGCAGCGCGAGCGCGACAAGAUGGCCGCGAUCCUCGAGAACCGGGAGAAGCACUCGGAGAAGAUGAAGGAGAAGCUCGAGUAUGACGCGAAGCAGCUGCAGAUUGAGCGCGACCAGCUGGUGAUCCAGCUGGAGAAGUCGCAGGAGAUGCUGGUGAGCUUCCAGCAGGACCUGAGCGCGACCGAGGCCGAGCUCGAGCGGCAGCGCGAGGAGGUCCGCAAGGUCGUCCAGCAGACGCCCGAUCGCGCGGCCAAGGAGGCGCUCGAGGGCAAGCUGCGCGAGAUCAAGCAGCUCUACCAGCAGUUGCAGAGUGUCCAGCAGGUCGAGCAGAUGGAGCGGGCGCGCGCCGAUCAGGCGGAGAAGCAGAUACAGGAGAUGCGCAAGCAGUUGGUGGCGCGUGGCGCCGAGGCCGCCUCCGAGGCGCAGCUCGAGAAGUUCCAGAAGCUCUGCGAGACGGAACGGCAGCGCGCGGACACGGCCGAGCGCGAGGCCGCCGAGCUGCAGAAGCGGAUACAGGCGACCGAGCAGCAGCUGCACGCCCACCAGCAGCAGAUCCAGCAGAUGCAGCUCGCCAUGCAGAAGCAGCCGUCGUCCGUGCAGAACGGCCAGGAGAUCGACAGGCUGCGAAAGGAGCUGGAGCGCGCGCGCGAGGAGAUUAAGCAGGCGACCGUGGAGCGCGAGCGGUUCCAGGCGCAGCUCGAGAUGCUGUGCCAGGAACUCGAGAAAAAUCAGGUGGACUUGCACGAAGCCAACAAGAAACUACAAGCUGGAGCCGCCAAGGCUGGCGUCGAUACUACACAGGAGCGGAAACAAUUGGAGGAUCAACGUCGGCAACUGGACGAACAGAGAAGACAGAUGGACGAGCGAGCGAGGUCCGUCGAUCAGAAAGCUAGGACGGUGGAAGAGAAGGAGAGGACGCUGCAAAAUCUCGACCAAGACCUGAAAAAGAGGAAAGCGCGGAUGGACCAGUUGGAGCAGCAGCUGCAAAAGAGUGGCGGGGCGCCCGACAAGAGACUGGCGGAGAUGCAAAGGGCGCUCGACGCUGCCGAGAAGGACUUGGAGAAGGCGAGAGAAGAAUCGGGCAGGAGCGCCGCCGAAACCGAGAGGUUGCUAAAGCUCGUGCAGAUGACCCAAGAGGAGCAGAACUCCAAGGAGAAGCAGAUCAGAGAUCUUCAGGAAGCACUCAAAACCGCACAAGCUAAGCUGAAACAAGCUACAACUGCACAGCAAGAGGAGUUUCCGUUUCGUGGGAAAAGGAACGCGAGGAAUGCGUGGACGAACGGGGGAGUGACAUGAGAGACAAACUAACCGAGAGAGACAAAGUAUCAGAUCGAAUUUCUUGUUGAUAUAUUAGAUUCUACUAACUUAAAUAUUAUCAUAGUAACGAUAUUAUCCGAUCACUCCACACGAGAUUCUUUCGAUACAAUCGAUGUCGUAGAAUUUGUCGUUCGCGUCGGGAGAGAGUGAGAGAAAGAGAGAGAGAGAGAGAGAGGGGGAGAGCAGUUCGGGAUUAAGAGAACGAACGAGGGGGAGGAGGACGCGAUUGGAUUUCGCGACAGAUCGCGCCUAAGUCAUUAGAGUUAUAGUAAACGGUAGCCGUAAACAAAGCACUUGUUACACUCUAGACCGAAACUCUACUCGGUAAUUAACCGUCGCUUAACCUUCGUCUAAUGAUUCAGGCACAUUCGUUUGUUGAUUAAACGGCAUCUCCACCCUCCCCCACCUCACCCUGCAUCGACAACAAUUGUAAUUACGUUUGUAAAUAAAACACAUGCGCGCUCCAUUCUUAGAAUUAUCGCAUUUAAACGGUCGAUACCCAAUUUCGUCAAAGUUACGCUCGUUCCCGCGAUAGUUCAUACACACAAGUAUGUCGGGUUCUUUGAAACGCCUAAAGUCCGCGUUCUCCAACGGUGUCACUCAAGACAAGACGCAAGGCUUAUUUAAUCGCGCAAAUCACGAUAGACUUUUCGCCGGCGAGUUAUCGACGAUUAUCGAGAUCCUCCCCUCGAUUCUUAUAAUUUAUAGGGCACUCAAGUGAUCCUAAGGCGAAACUGCGGAGAGCGUGACGAGAGUGUUAGGUUGCGUGAGAGAAAAGGAACGAAACGGAGAGAAUGUGAGAGAGAGAGAGAGAGAGAGAGAGAGGGAGAAAGAGAGAGAGAGAGAAUGGAUAAAAGAGAAAAACAGUCUUAACAUUAUUUUUCAAAUCGACUGUUAAGUGUGUCCAUGAUAAGAAAAUACUAAAAACAUACUUUUUACGUGAAUACUAUAAGGGAAGUCGUACCGGCGUUACAGCAAACCUUGUUAGAUGCUGUCUCGAUACAAGAGGAAAACACGAUAAAAAAAUCGAAACAAUGUUUCGGAAGAUAUUCUAUUUGCUAUUUAACGAAUAAUAACAAGAUUGCACAACGAAUCAAGAACAAAGGUAGGAACCGCGAGAAGCAUUUUAAUCCUUCGAGGAAAUCAAGCAAGACAGACACCGGCAUGUCUGAAUCGUUAUACUGGAUUUUACUUACGGUCGAUUUUCCUCACGCGUCACGCUGCUAACGUGUUUGCAUCCGAGGUGAAAUCUCGUCGCCGAGGGAGAAGUCGAUACGCAUCCAAUGAGGACCGACACCGGUACGACGUGGUCCACCCGCUCUUUUUCUAUUAUCCAAUUUCUACGUAUUUUAUCGCUAAGUAAACGAUCGAUAACAAGCUUAACGAGGGGCUUAAAAAGAGAAUGAGGAGACGCUCCGAUUACAUUAUUGUGUAACGUUUAUCGUUAAUCUCCGAAAUAACGCGAUACAAGUCUCGAUCCCGUGUAUAUAUUUAAACGAAUGAUAACAAUAUGACAACGGGUGUAUUAGUCGGAAGUUUGAGCAAGUAAUGAGAAAAUGAAUGAAUGAGUGAGAGAGAGAGAGAGAGAGAGGAAGAGAGAGAGUGUAUGUAUCUGCGUGUGUGUAUGUAUAUGUGUAGGCAUAAAUGAGCGACGAAUGAGUGUAUGAAUGAGUGAGCGAAUGAAUGAGUAGGUGAUCGAGUGAGAAUGCGAACGAGAUAGGUCGUGUUUCGCCUAGUCCUCGCGACGCUUGAUUAAUUAAGUGUCGCAUGCAUCUCGAGCGAGUGUUCCGCGCCGAUUCCGCCGGAAAUCGCCGGAGCUGCCGCCGCGCAUUCAUCUCCCUCGAAUAAUUUUCUUCCUCGUGCUCGACGGUCGGACGCGCUCUCCGGCGAUUUCCGGCGGCGACAAGGCGGAAGUCGACGAUUACAUAAGCAAGUCGGGAGCGGCUGGUUGAUGAAAAGUGCGACGAAGCUAGGAUAAGAUUAAUCGAAGUAAGUUUUAAGGGAUAAGCUAAUUAAAAAAUAACAGUUUAUUGAAGUACAUUGUUGCAACUGCCAUGCUGUGUGCCAUUAUAUAACGAGUCACGUUUGUCGUAAAAAGCAAAAAGAACAAAAAAAAUGGAAGAAGAAGAAAAAGAAGAAAAGAGAGGAAGGGAGGAAGAGAUGUAAGCGGAGACGUACGAAGGCUGAGGCGCUUGCGCGCGUUCUCGUCUUCUGUCUGAAAACUUCUCGCUUAUACCGUUUCGCACGUGGAAUUACACCGUCGUCCUCACGUGUCGCGCUCUCUUGUUGUGAUCGCGGUGAAUGAAUGAACGAACAUUGCAACCCGCUCUAAAAUUACAUACAAUUGACACCGUCAUCGGGAAUUUUCGAGCAACAUUCGGCGGGAAAAGAAGUUCUAAAUUCUCUCGAUAAACUCAUCUACGUAAGAUUUCGAAGAACGAGAAUACAGUCUCACGAGCGAACGUACGACGCUCAUUACGGGAUGAAGAAGGGAGGUGAACGCGUCGAAGGGACAGGGUGGAACGACGGGGUGAAUUCACGGUGGCAGACGUCGCGGACGAUUUCGUUCGAGCUCACUCGUGCGUUCCUGACGAUCAGCGAGGCGCGAGGUUUUACGAAAAUUCGGGGCGAGAUUCGCUGCGACGAUCCGUUUCUGCGAUGGCAAGACGAUCGCCUGAAAAGAAAGAAAGAAA